AUGGCGGAGCGCGGACAGCAGCCUCCUCCCGCGAAACGGCUCUGCUGCCGGCCGGGCGGCGGCGGUGGCGGCGGCGGCGGCGGGGCCAGCAGCGGCGGCGGAGGAGCGGGUGGCGGUUAUAGCUCUGCCUGUCGGCCGGGCCCGCGGGCGGGCGGCGCGGCGGCAGCGGCGUGCGGAGGCGGCGCAGCGCUGGGGCUGCUGCCGCCGGGCAAGACCCAGAGCCCCGAGUCGCUGCUGGACAUCGCGGCGCGCAAGGUGGCUGAGAAGUGGCCGUUCCAGCGCGUGGAGGAGCGCUUCGAGCGCAUCCCGGAGCCGGUGCAGCGCCGCAUCGUCUACUGGUCCUUCCCCCGCAGCGAGCGGGAGAUCUGCAUGUACUCGUCCUUCAACACCGGCGGCGGCGCCGCGGGCGGCCCCGGCGACGACAGCGGCGGCCCCGGCGGCGCGGGCGGCGGCGCGGGCGGCGCGGGCGGCGGCGGCUCCUCGUCCUCGCCGGCCGCCACCUCGGCCGCCGCCGCCGCUGCCGCCGCAGCCGCUGCCGCCGCCUCCGGGGCCGGGGCCCCGUCGGUGGGGGCCGCCGGGCCGGCGGACGGCGGCGAUGAGACACGGCUGCCCUUCCGCCGGGGCAUCGCGCUGCUGGAGAGCGGCUGCGUAGACAACGUCCUGCAAGUCGGUUUCCACUUGAGUGGCACAGUGACAGAACCUGCAAUACAAUCGGAGCCAGAAACUGUUUGCAACGUGGCCAUCAGCUUUGAUCGUUGCAAGAUUACCUCAGUGACCUGCAGCUGUGGAAACAAGGACAUAUUUUAUUGUGCGCAUGUUGUGGCACUGUCUUUAUACCGCAUCCGCAAGCCAGAUCAGGUCAAAUUGCAUCUUCCCAUUUCAGAGACUCUCUUUCAAAUGAAUAGAGACCAACUACAAAAGUUUGUACAGUAUUUGAUCACAGUGCACCACACAGAAGUUUUGCCAACUGCUCAAAAAUUAGCAGAUGAAAUUCUUUCCCAGAAUUCAGAAAUCAACCAAGUACAUGGUGCUCCUGAUCCAACAGCAGGUGCUAGUAUAGAUGAUGAAAACUGCUGGCACUUAGAUGAAGAGCAGGUUCAAGAACAGGUUAAACUGUUCCUUUCCCAGGGCGGGUACCACGGAUCAGGGAAGCAGCUUAAUUUGCUCUUUGCAAAGGUGCGGGAGAUGUUAAAGAUGAGGGACUCAAAUGGGGCCCGAAUGUUGACUUUGAUAACAGAGCAAUUCAUGGCUGACCCUCGUCUCUCGCUUUGGAGGCAACAAGGCACUGCAAUGACUGACAAAUACAGGCAGCUCUGGGAUGAGCUGGGUGCUCUGUGGAUGUGUAUAGUUUUAAAUCCCCACUGCAAGUUGGAGCAGAAGGCAAGUUGGCUAAAACAGCUAAAAAAGUGGAAUGGUGUUGAUGUCUGUCCAUGGGAAGAUGGAAAUCAUGGUAGUGAAUUACCCAACUUAACCAAUGCUCUGCCUCAGGGUGCAAAUGCCAACCAAGAUUCAUCGAACAGGCCACAUCGGACAGUGUUCACUCGAGCCAUCGAGGCAUGCGAUCUCCACUGGCAGGAUAGCCACUUGCAGCACAUUAUCAGCAGUGACCUAUACACCAACUACUGUUACCAUGACGACACUGAAAACUCCCUCUUUGACUCCCGUGGGUGGCCCCUCUGGCAUGAACACGUUCCUACGGCCUGUGCGCGAGUGGAUGCGUUGCGUUCUCAUGGGUACCCCAGAGAAGCACUGAGACUAGCAAUAGCUAUUGUUAACACAUUGAGACGGCAGCAACAGAAGCAGCUGGAAGUGUUCCGAACCCAGAAAAAAGAGCUACCCCAUAAAAGCAUAACCUCAAUAACCAAUCUGGAGGGCUGGGUUGGACACCCCCUGGACCCCGUGGGCACACUUUUCAGCAGCCUUAUGGAAGCCUGCCACACUGACGCCGAAAGCUUCCCUGUGUUCUCAGAUUUUACAGAGAGUAUGGGACAGUGCAAGUCUCUGGAAUACCAGCAUCUACCUGCACACAAAUUCCUAGAAGAAGGGGAAUCCUAUCUAACGCUGGCUGUGGAAGUAGCCCUAAUAGGGCUGGGACAGCAGCGGGUCAUGCCUGAUGGGCUGUACACCCAGGAGAAGGUUUGCCGCAAUGAGGAACAGCUCAUCUCCAAGCUUCAGGAGAUUGAAUUGGAUGACACACUGGUGAAAAUUUUUCGCAAGCAAGCAGUCUUCCUAUUAGAAGCCGGCCCAUAUAGUGGUUUAGGCGAAAUAAUCCAUCGGGAGAGUGUUCCAAUGCACACAUUUGCCAAGUAUCUCUUCACCUCUCUCCUACCUCAUGAUGCUGAACUGGCAUACAAAAUUGCACUGAGAGCAAUGCGGUUGCUAGUAUUGGAAUCUACUGCUCCAACGGGAGACCUCACCCGCCCACACCACAUUGCAUCAGUUGUUCCCAACCGAUACCCUCGCUGGUUCACUCUAAGCCACAUAGAAUCCCAGCAGUGUGAGCUGGCGUCCACUAUGCUAACUGCAGCCAAAGGUGAUGUUCGGAGGCUGGAAACAGUGUUAGAAUCCAUCCAGAAAAACAUUCACUCCUCAUCCCACAUCUUCAAGCUUGCCCAGGAUGCAUUUAAAAUAGCAACUCUCAUGGACAGUUUGCCAGACAUCACUCUUUUGAAAGUGUCUCUGGAGCUGGGCCUGCAGGUUAUGCGAAUGACACUGUCAACCUUAAAUUGGCGGCGACGGGAGAUGGUGAGGUGGCUGGUAACGUGUGCUACUGAAGUGGGUGUCUAUGCCCUGGACAGCAUCAUGCAGAGCUGGUUUACGCUCUUUACUCCCACCGAAGCCACAAGUAUUGUUGCCACCACUGUGAUGUCCAACAGCACCAUCGUCCGCCUCCACCUGGACUGCCACCAGCAGGAAAAGCUGGCCAGCAGCGCCCGGACACUCGCGCUGCAGUGUGCCAUGAAGGACCCUCAGAACUGUGCCCUCUCCGCGCUGACCCUGUGUGAAAAGGAUCACAUAGCUUUUGAGACGGCGUACCAAAUCGUUCUUGACGCUGCUACAACCGGCAUGAGCUACACCCAGCUCUUCACAAUAGCACGGUACAUGGAGCACCGCGGGUACCCCAUGAGGGCCUACAAGCUGGCCACCCUGGCCAUGACCCAUCUCAACCUGAGCUACAAUCAGGACACGCACCCUGCCAUUAACGACGUUUUGUGGGCCUGUGCGCUCAGCCACUCCCUUGGUAAAAACGAGCUUGCAGCUAUAAUACCUCUGGUGGUCAAGAGUGUCAAGUGUGCAACGGUACUGUCAGACAUUUUGCGCAGGUGCACUCUGACCACCCCUGGCGUGGUGGGACUUCACGGGAGGAGGAACUCUGGUAAGCUCAUGUCACUGGACAAAGCCCCCUUGAGGCAACUCUUGGAUGCCACGAUUGGGGCCUAUAUCAACACGACACACUCACGGCUCACACACAUCAGUCCUCGGCACUAUAGUGAGUUCAUAGAGUUCCUCAGCAAGGCCCGAGAGACCUUCUUAAUGGCGCAUGAUGGACACAUUCAGUUUACACAGUUUAUUGACAACCUGAAGCAAAUCUACAAAGGCAAAAAGAAACUGAUGAUGUUGGUUCGGGAGAGGUUUGGUUGA